AUGACGCUGUCCCUAGUUGUCGUUGCUCUGCUCAUCCUCGCGAUAUCCAUCGUCGGGUUGCGCCAUGCCAAACACGAUCCUCGCGAACCGCCCAUCGUCCACAACGGCGUCCCAGUUCUGGGACACGUGGUCGGCUUCAUACGCCAUGGCAUCAAUUACUAUGCGCAACAGAGCGCCAAACAUGGCCUCGACGCGUUCACCAUGGACAUGCUCUUCACCAAGAUCUACGUGAUCACCUCGCCAACACUCGUGGUAGCCUCGCGCCGGCAUCACCGCACCAUGUCCUUCGAGCCCUUUAUCACUGGCGCUGCGAAGCGCAUGGCUGGUCUCCGGGGUCCUGGGCUGGACCUCCUCCGCGAGAAGCAGUUCGGCGGGAAAGGAGUGCACGCGGACGUGAUGCACGCCAUGCGUCCGUCGCUCGAGGGCGCGGCCCUGGACCGGAUGAACGAGAAGAUGAUCAGGCUGUUGGUGGAGAGCGUGGACGAGCUUCCGACCGUGGGUUCGUUCGAUUUUCACGAGUGGUGCCGGUCGGCCAUUACGAUUGCCAGUACGGAUGCGGUUUACGGUCCACUAAAUCCCUACAAGGCGAAGGAAUUGCAGGAUGCCUUCUGGGACUUCGAGGCGAACCUCGCACCGCUGCUGAUGGAUUUCGCCCCAUGGCUGACGGCGCGCAAGGCCUGGAAAGCCCGCGAGCUGAUCGUCGCCCGGUUCCUGAACUACUACCGCGCCGACGGGCAUCUCGACUCGUCGCAGCUCACCUACACCCGCUGGGAAGCGCAGCACCGCGGCGGCGCGACGGUGGCGGACAUCGCGCGGCUCGAAGCGGCGGCGGCGUUCGCGACCCUGUCCAACACCGUGCCCGCCAUUUUCUGGAUGGUCUUCGACAUCUACUCGCGCCCGGCGCUGCUGGAGGAAAUCCGCGCAGAGGUCACGCGACAUGCGGUGCACGUGGAUGCGCAGGGGGCUCACGUCGUCGACCUCACGGACAUCCGCGAGAACUGUCCGCUGCUGGUGUCGACGUUCCAGGAAACGCUGCGACUGCGGUCGAACACCGUCCCCGUGCGCGUUCUCUACGAGGACACCGUGCUCAACGACCAGUACCUGCUCAAGAAGGGCGGGAUUCUACAGAUGCCCGCUACCACGAUCAACCGCGCGCCGUCGAUCUGGGGCCGCGAUGCAGCUGAGUACGAUGCUCACCGGUUCAUCAAGAUCCACCAGUCGUCCGACAGCCGGAAGACGGCGAACGGGUUCCUGUCCUUUGGGACGUCACCGCACAUGUGUCCUGGGCGACACUUUGCGACGGGGGAAAUUCUGGCGCUGACGGCAAUGCUGGUGGUGCGAUAUGACCUCGCCCCCAAGAGUGGUGUGUGGAAGGAACCCAAGAUCAAUCUGCGGGCGGUGGCAUCGUCGACGAGACCACCAGCGACGGCGGUCCCGAUGACUGCGAUGGUGCGCAAGGAGUUCGAGGGCGUGCAGUGGACGUUUCGCGUGUCAGAGGGCAAGGGACGAUAUGGGCUGAUCAUCGGAUAG